AUGUGCGACGUUCCAGCACAGAAUGCUGAGUACCGCCUCCACUGCAAGUUGAACGGUCAUACUGGCGCCAUUCUUGACCUCAAAGUUCGCGAUGACGGCAAAUUUUUGGCCAGCGCAGGAUCCAGUGGAGGUGGGCCAAAGAUCUGGGACUUGCAAGGACUAUGUGAGCUCGACGUCGUGACUGUGAAUUCCGAUCUCCGCGGCGCAACGACAAAGCUCCAGUGGAUCAAACGCGAGGAUGACAUGAGCAAGGCUCUCAUCUAUGGCACGCAGAACGGCUUCAUCGUGUGCUGCCUUCUGGAGAAUACGGGGAGCAGAGUGCGAUUCCACGAGAUCUGGAAUUGCCAGAUGAGCGCCCCUGCUGAGGUGACUGGCCUUGCAUUUGAUCCAGCUACAAAUCGUCUGGCAGCUUGCCAUCGUGGAGGGGUCCUCCAGAUGUUCACGCUGAGCGCGAGGAUGAUCGAGACUGAAAUGAUCUCCCUCACCAUCAGCGAUUGCGUCCCCGGAGUUGUUCUGUUCGGGGCGAUGCACAGCAACGAGCGUGAGCUGCUUGUUUUUGGACUAUACUGUGGGCUUGUGUACAACAUGCGCGGAACCAGUAUCUGCAGUGCGGAUGCUGCACGGAGCUUGGGUUCUGAUGCCGCAGUGGACCUGCCCAGCGGCACUCUCUGUGUCAGUGAUCCCCAGGCUGGUGUCCAUCUCUAUCGCCUCGCUGGAGGCGAGCUGGUGAAGAGCUUUGGAGUGCCGGUGAAAAAGACCCAGCGCAUCCACCAAAUAGCGCUGUUUGACUCGAACCGUGCCAUCGUCAGCGGCAGCGACCAUGGGACCGUCUACGUGUACGCACGCCGGGACAAGGGACUGAAUAAGCUCCAAGUCGAUCCUAAUGAGUGGGUCCAGACCGUGACAGCUGCGGAUGUUGUGGGUGUCCCGACCAUCUUCGCGGCGAAAUCAAGUGCGAUUAGCGGGAAGAAUGAGAUCUUCGUCUACCGCAAGACGUUAAUUACGCCUGACUUCCGUGUGAGACUAAUGAGAGGGCUGAAGUCUUUGGUCUGGCUUGUUGUCCUCCUCGCUGCGUUAGCAUAUGGGUUCGAGAAGGUGCUCGGGGACUGGAGCUUCGCAAGACAGAGCAGUGUAAAGAUCCCAUAUGGCAACUAUUUCAACUACAUCGAAGUCCUGAAGCGUCAGCGAGUAGCACACCAAGCGGAAAUAGCGACUUUCAAGGAGCGACAGAACACCCCUGACGCUGUGCUUGAACCCACGCGCGACUCAGAGAAGAUUGAUCCCGUGCAUCAUGUUCCGUUCCUCAUGCCUGUCGACGAAGUGGACGAGCUGGUCUCACGUUUGGAUGGCAUUCAAGUCACUACAGACGCGCCCGCAUGUCCUGCGGAUAUCGAGGUCGAAAGACUGGCCAGCCUUCUCACUGGGUUGGUCGUCAUGGAUGAUGGUGUACAUGCCUCUCACCAAACACACUCGAAAUUGUUCAGCUCUCGGGACGAUUUCCAGGCUGCUGUACCUGACGUCCCCACGGACUUCCUGCCCGUUUCAUCCACAGAAGCUUUCUCCGGUGUUGAAGCUGUCCUGCAGAUGCAAACGCAAGCGUUGCUGCUCCGUCCAUCCGCAAUCCAAGCUCAAGAAACCAAUGUGACUCUACUACAAGAGAUGCUACAACGACUCCGGGCUGCUCAUGCUCAACUGGAUCUCCAGCACGCACUCGAUGCAAGCCCCAAUACCAUUGGUGCGCUAGCAAGCGCUGUCAAUACUGCAAGCUCGGUCGUUCUUGAGGCGGGUCGUCUUCUCUCCAGCAUCAAGCUUACCGGCAAUGAACGGCCUCGUAAGUCCCCCAGGAACAAGUCUCACGUGGAGGGUGACAGCAAUGAGGCGUUGGCACAGAUGGUCCGAGAAGAGGCCACCACGCUCGACUCGCUUAUUGAUGUUGUGGGACGCCUCCUUCCCCCAGAAACAGAUGAAGUCAAGCACGAUACCGAGCAUCACUUCGUCAAUCCGAUUGCCAAAUACGAUGUCAUCGCUCAGCUUUCAAUCCUGCUGGCCCUCAUCUGCCAUGUCGUUGUCGGAAUUAGCAGCGAACCUGUCAAUCUUAUCAUCGCUUUUGUCAACGCAAUGAUACAGGCCACAAUGUCUCUAUGUGCGCGCAGAGGACGUGCCAAUGCAAUCCAAGAACAUACACUCAAACAGCUGCCCACCUCCUUAGAAUCUGCUCUUCGCAGGUUCAAACUUGAUCCUGCCACCACCAUCUACGCAACUUGUCCGGCCUGCCAUCACACGCACACACCCACCAAGAACCCGCUCACUGGUGACGCCUCCUACCCGGAGACCUGUCACAACUAUAUCUAUCCGCAGCGAGGAGCUCGCCAGGUUUGCGGGACGCGGAUUUUGGGGGCACGCCAGGGGAAGCUGCGUCCCAUCAAGCCAUUCGUAUUCACCUCGUUUAUCGACUACAUUGCUGCCAUGCUAACCGAUCCCGAAGUUGAACGAAUGUGCGAGAAAGCCUGUGAUGACGCGUUUGCAGCUGUGCGUGAAGCUAUGUCACAGAACGCUGAUGCGUCUUUGGCGGAGGAGCACGUCAAUAAUGUGUUCGAGGCGGCGUUUCUGUGCAGCUUCGCAGGCCCUGUCCCUGGCAAGCUGUUCAUACAGCGGGACGGUCGCCUGCGGCUCGCGUUUCAGGUCAUGCUUGACUUCUUCAAUCCCAAUGGGACCAGAAAACGAGGCAAUCAUAACUCUAUUGGGCUUCUCGCCGUCGUCAACCUCAAUCUGAGCGAGGACAUUCGCUAUCGUCCCGAAAAUAUGUGGCUGAGUAUCAUCCUCGGUCCCAGCGAGCCUGGCCACGACCAAAUCGACAAUUACUUCCGUCCUCUGAUUGACAAGUUUGUCAUAGGAUGGGAGCGAGGUUAUCGGUUUUCCCGUACUGCGCUCCAUGCCGCAGGUCGUAGCGUAGAUCUCGCUCUCGUCAUGAAUGUCAACGACUUACCUGCGACACGAAAGGCUCAAGGCAUGGCGGCCCAUAACUCACACCAGUAUUGCUCGAUCUGUGAGUGUUUUGGCGUCAAGACCAUGCAUAAUACGGAGUUCCACAAAUGGACGCGACGGGAUAUCACAACUCUUCGUGCUCAAGCGUAUGCGUGGCGAGAUGCGACAACGCAAGUCACUCGAGAUGCUAUCUUCGCAGAGUAUGGUGUCCGUUGGUCAGAGUUCUGGCGUCUUCCUUAUUGGGAUCCCACUUGCAUGGCUGUCGUUGAUUCCAUGCACUGCAUCCUGGAGGGUCUUGUCCAUUACCACUGUCGUCGGGUACUACGAAUAGACACGAAGUUGGCCAAGCGCAAGGAGACAAUGGGAGCUGCAUUUGAGUAUGAGUGGCUGGAAUACAACUCUGCAAACUGCCAUCCCUCUUGUUUACUGAAAACCGAGACGCGAGAACUACCUAUGAUUCGCACCAUUCAACAAAAACUCAUCCAGCCCUUACUCACAGACGAAGCUGACGCCGACAAUGAGCAACAAGAUGAUGAUCAAGAUGUUGAGAUGAUCGACGCUCCUGACCCUCGAUUCGUCCCAGCAGUCACCGAAGAAGAGAUGCACCAGCAGCUCAUGAAGGUCAAUCUUCAGCCGCUCCGCUGGGUUGUUUAUUCACUUGGUCUUGAUACGGAUGCGAGCCGCAUAGCGUCCAAGAAAGUCUGCUGUGAUCAACUCCUAGCUUGGGUGAGCACUUGUCUCGCCUCCUUCCAGAAUAGUCACUAA